AUGUUGCUAAAUCUUGGUCUUACAGCGGAUGCCGCAGCUGCCCAUAACCCCGAUCCUAGCGCCCAGCUAGAAACGCCACCGGCGCCAUCUUCACCAUCCUAUUCUUCAGCUUUCUCUUUGGUGUCUUUGCCCCUCCUAGGUGGUUUGUAUUCGAAACCCAAACAGGCCGAUGCUACUGCCCAGUCUACGGAAUCAAAUAUAGCUGUGGCCAUGAGCCCCGUCGUCUCUGACCCUGUUCAGGGCCAGCCUUCGUCCUCAUCGCAGGCAGUAACACCAGCUCCACCUAGACCUACCGUGGCCCGCGUCGAUACAACCAACACCACCGCGAAGGCGACUUCUGUCCGCAAAGCCGCUCGAAAGAAGACCUCAUACCAGAUCGCACACCCAGCUUCUCAUGCGCGCCACAAGCGACUCAAGCUUCGGCCGAAGCUUCUUCUGCAGCUUCAGCAGAUCUCUAACACACCUCGCCCCCUCCCCGCCCUCGACGUCCUACCGUCAACUCUGUACCGACCUCGACUGGCUCGCAAGUUCCCGGCGAUGUUUCGUGGCAAGAAUGGUCUCGGUCCCAAUGACUUGAUCAUCGUCAUGAGUGAGCUAUAUGAGCUUGCCUCGCAGAAAUCGGCAAAUGCGGAGGUAGAUGACCACGAUCACCGCGAAGUGAUAGCGACGAUUUGCCAGAUCCUCCAAGAGGAUGCGCUCCAGAAAGGCAAAGCUGAGAUUUGUCUGAACUUCGGACCAGUGUGGGAGGCUACGCCGCUCCCAAGUGGCUCCUACGAAUUUGUCGCGCGCACAGGAACUGGCACCCAAGUUAUGCGAUGGGCUUUGCGCGCUGGCAAAAAUCGCAGAUAUUCUGCCCAGCCUAGCUCCGAGCCUCGCGAAGACGGCAAGCGAUUCACAUUCAGUGUUAUUGACCCCACCACUCGCCAGCACCCGGUCAUCGCCUCAAUGACGCGUAAUCAGCUCGAAGUUUUUGAUCACUAUUCCGCCCUAGUCAGAUCCGGAACCGGCCCCACUACCCCGAGCUCCAACAUGUCGGUGAUCAGUGAUUUGUCCGAAAAUGAGGUAGCUCUGGAUGCAAACCCGAACGCCAACAUUAUCAAGAUUGACGAUGAACUUCGUACGUUGAUUAUCGUCACUAGUGUUUGGGUUGCGUUCCGCGAAGGUUGGUCCCAAAACUUCACUUAUGCCGAUCAAAUUGCAUCCCCCACCAAGAGCGUGGCCUCUCCAGCAACUACCAAGGUCGCCACUUCGACUGCCAACAGUGAGAACACCAGCCCCACUGAUCGCGACAAGUUAGACGAAUUGAAAGACGUGGCCAACGGCGGCAAGCGCUGCGUGUCAGUUUCCAGCAUGCGUCGUGCCAGCACUAUGUCACCUGUCGAUGGUGGUAAAUCUUUCGGAAGCCUCAACAAACGCUCAAACUCUACGGGUGCCGCUUUCAUGGACCGAGUCAGACAACGAAGCACUUCAUCGACCAGUCAUCGCUUUAACCGCCAUAGCAUGUUUACCAACACUGGCGAAAACGGAGGCGUUGUUUCUCGACCCGCUUCAACCCGGCGAAAUUCAGUAGAGCACCAAGAUGCUCCAACCCCCACCCAGUCUAAGCGCAAUUCCAAAAUAAAACCGGCUACCGCAAACCCCAAGCCCCCUACAAUGGCCGACCAGACGCUCUCUUCAUACCAAAACUCUCAUCAUGACUUGGAGAAGGACUAUAAUAAAGAGCCUGAAAUCGCGCCUGCCCGUGAAGGCAAAGGCAAGCGCCAUCGUUUCAGUUCAAUGUUCAAUAUUUUCCACCGAAAGCAAGGAGUGACCCAUUGA